AUGCUAACAUGGUCAACAUACUUGAAAGAUUCUGCUAUCUACCUUUGUCCCACUACUGAGGAUUUUAGUAUAUGUAGGAUGACAUUAUAUCAUCACUACACAGAGGUUGUGAAAAGAAUAUCAUGGGUUAAAAAACUCUGUGCUUUGGACGGACUUGUAUCCUCUUUAUUUAUUAUAUUUAUACACCAAUACCAGAAAACGCUGAAGAACAAUGGAAGCCAAAAUCUUGUCCGUCUCUGCCCACUGAAGCUGAAUGAAAAGUAUGGAGACAGAGUUUGGAGGAAAUUGAAAGUUGGCUUGAAUAUUCAACAGGAUGAGGGGAGAACACUGUAG